CAGCAUCAACAACAAAAACAACAACAGCAACACUAUCAACCAACAGCAACACACAGCAGCAACACAUACGAAAUGUUGUACUCCCACAACCAACAACCGCACCGCCCGCACCCGCCGCCAAUUGAGCUGCGCGCAACACAAGCAACAGCAGCAGCAGCAGCAGCAGCAGCUGCUGCAGCAACAACACGCCAGCAACAGGAGCAACAGCGCCAGCUAAAGAAGCGACAACACGCUAGAAGCGGUAAUAGCACCACCGGCAACAGCACCACUGCCAGCAGCAGUAGCAGCUGCAGCAGCAGCAAAAGCAAUCGUACCGCUGCUCAACAAAUGGCCGAGGCGGAGCAUGCUUAUUUGUCCACGCUCUAUGGCAAGGCAGCAGCUAACAUGCUAAGUCCGCCGCUGAGCGGUGCUCCUAUUGCUGCACAGCAGGAGGCGCGCCGUAGCAGCGCCUUUGACUGGAGUUUGGGUACUCAUCAGCAGGAUGCAGCAGCAACCCGUCACCAGCAACAGUUGCAGCAGCAACAACAACAACAGCAGUUGCAGCAGCAGCAGUUGCAACAGCAGCAGCAACAACAACAGCGAGCACGUCGCGGUGCACCACUAGAGGCGGCCAACACGCGUGUGGCGGCUGUGGCAGCAGCCGCCGCGGAGCGUCAGCAACGGCAGGCGAUCAUGCAUCGCCGGCAUAGCAUUUGCGCCGCUGGCAUUGCCAGCCUGUCGCCUGCUUCGUCCACGCACUCGUCGUCGACGGCGGCGUCACCGACAGCAGCUGCUGCCGCAUUGGCAGCAGCCUCCUAUUACGGCGCCUUCUCGGCGCCCUACCAUCAUAUGAAUGCAGCGGCAGCGGCAGCAGCAGCGGCAGCGCAUCAUCAUGCGCACGGACAGCCAUCGCCAACGAUUUAUCCGCCAACGCCGCCGCCGUCGGCGCCCUGGGUGCAUCCCUGGUAUGCGGGCGACGCCUUCUGAAAGGACACGCGCGAACGCACGCACUCACGCACGCAUGCACGCAAAUGAUACAAUGUAAAUUUAUAGUCUAUACCUAAGUUUAUUUAUUAAUUUGUUUCAAUAUAACAAUAAUAUUUUUUUUAUUUUUUUUCCUAGCUUGUAAGUAGGUUAACUAAUUUUCUUGGCAUAAUAUGUCGCAAAAAGUAAAAGUAAAUUGUUUAUCGAUAGUUACACGAAGCGAAGUAAAUAUAUCUAAAUAUAUAUAUAUAUAUAAAUAUUGAUGACAGCGCCAACACUAAACCCAAACCAAACUAUUGUUAAUUUUGCUAUUUCGUUUGUGUUGAAAAAAAAAAAACAAAAAUUUCAAACUGAGAACUCAAAGAACUGAUUACAUUAAAACCGCCACUUAAACAAAACAAACGAAUACAAAAUAACUUAAGCAUUCUUCAAGGUCAACACACACACACACACACACACACACACACAUUGAAAAAUUCGCUUCGGUCUUAAAUGCGCGCGCUGCCCGCUCGUAAUAGCAAAAGAAAAAAAA